CGCCGGUCAUUUUAUGGCCCCGUUCCAACUGGCCGAGUGUUAUCGCAGCGGAGUUGGAACCAACCAGGAUCACACCAAGGCCGCCGGGCUCUAUCGCAGUCUUGCUGAGCGUGGAAUCCUUCAGGCCCAAAUCGCUCUCGGCCGAUGCUAUGAGAAUGGUGAAGGUGUCGAUCAAGGUUACACGACAGCCAUCGAGUGGUAUUCCAAGGCUGCAAACCAAGGCAGCGAAGAUGGUCGACUCCACAUGGUUUUCUACUAUGACCAGGGUGUAUCAAAGAGCUGCGAGAAGGGAUUCGAGUGGUACAGCAAGUCGGCUGACCAAGGUCAUUCGUAUGGGCAGUAUAUGGUUGGUUACUGCUACUUCUAUGGAAACGGAGUCACCCAGGACUACGCCAAGGCAGCCGAGUGGUAUCGCGAGUCUGCCGAACAGGGAAAUCGAUACGGACAAUAUUAUCUCGGUGGCUGCUACAAGAAUGGGCAUGGUGUCCCCGAAGACGUUGAGACCGCCGCCUUUUGGUAUCGCAGGUCCGCCGACCAGGGUCACCAAUACUCCAUCAACCAACUCAAGAGCCUUGGCAAGUGA